AUGGGAAGGCCAAAAGUAAGGGUUUGUUUCUUUAGACAAUUCAUAAGAUCAGUCCUAAAAGUUGAUUACUUGACCCUCCGACAUGGAUUUGUAGUUGUAAGUUCUCCAUACUUGUACUCUUAUUUCUGGCUAUCCUUUAUCCUACUAGUCGUAAAUCUCUUGGUGGGUACAAAGCUAUAG